AUGGCGGAUAUAUUUUCAAGACGUGAUGCCUCAAUGCUGCUUAGAGGCAAAAAGAUUUAUUUAUUCGGCUCCUCAAAUAUGAGGGCUUUUUAUAAAGACCUCAUAUGUUUGAUAGAACGAGGAACUUUAAUCAAUAAUACGACAAUGAGAAGAAAGUUAGAUCCAAGUUGUAUGCGCGACAAGCUGGUGAAAAAAAGUACUUUGACUGCCGGCAGAGACUUUGUUGAAGAAAGGGAGUAUAAUCUUCAGAAUAUUUAUGUGAAAUAUUGCUUUAUCACUAAGUGUUGGUGUGAUACACUAGAUCAUUUUCUGAAUCAAUGUAAUAAGAAAAUUAUCCACCCUGAUGUAAUAAUUAUCAAUUCGUGUUUAUGGGACAUAACCAGAUGGGGACCCAAUGGCGUCGAUAUUUAUAAAGGUAAUUUGGUGAAACUUUUUCAGAAAUUUCGACAAUGUUUACCAAAACAGUGCAUUGUAAUUUGGACAUCAACUUUACCAGUUUCUACCAAAAGUCGACCAGCAUUUCUAGUAGAACAAAUAGAAUUUUUAAAGCAUUCUUUACAGUUUGACAUUAUGGAAGCUAAUAUUUUAGCUAAAAACGUAGCGACAACGAAUGGAUAUGAUGUUUUAGAUUUAUAUCAUUAUUUUAAAACACAGUUUUUAUUGAGAAACCCUGAUGGAGUUCAUUGGAAGCCUGUUGCAGUACGAUUUGUCACGAAUUUAGUGUUAACGCAUCUUGCUUUGUCCUGGAACCAUAAACUGCCUAGAAGAGUUUCAAAUUUGGCUUUGCAACAUUGUAUUAACAUGAAUAAUGUUAUGAUAAAUCCACCUUCAUCGGAUAUUAAUUUAGAGUUGUCUAAGGAUAAAGAAGAGAAAAAAGUCAAAGAACGGUUAUCAAGGAACGAAAGAAUACGAAACAAAACUGUGAAGCUACACAUUGGAAGAAAUUAA